AAAAAAGGAAAAUUAAAAAAAAUACUGAAAAAAAAUAAAAGCGAGGAAGUCUCCGCGAGGGUAAAAGUUCUUUUCCUACGGCGCGGCCGGUAAGGGUUUUCGCAUAGUUUGACGGGCUAUUUCAUACACGGUGCCGCAUUUCGGUGCCCAUUCAACGAGCGGAGGCUGAUCGCGCGCCGGUCUGGCACACUCGCUCCCCACACCACACCGGUGACACACGCUCGACAACCUUACACACCGAGUGCGAAUUGACUUCACUAGUGGUUCCAAUUUUAAAUUUCAAUUGUGGUACGUCAGUGCAAAAAGUUUCGCGAGUGCUAUCGGCCAGUGUUUCAAAUCCGCCGCAGUAUAACAACAACAAUUCGUCAACCGGGAUAUUGUUGUUUGAAUGAAUAUGGACUUGCCCGAAGGAGCUACAUCAAUGCAUUGUUCAUGGAUGUCUUUUUAACUGGUUUUCCUAAAAAGCUUCUGGUAGCUACAUCAGUGUUAGUAAUCUUAACUAUGUGCCUAACACCGUGCGAGGCUCGUACGGUCGAGCACAAGAUCCGCCACGAGAGGCGGCACGACAGUCUCGUGCAGCCACCCAAAGAGAUGUCCAGGUUGAGGCUGGAGACUAGAGUGGACCACAAGCGGCGGACACAUACCAAAGACACGCCAGCGCCGAUAAGGCAAAAGAACGACCGCUCCGAGAAGAACGCGCAGGCUGACCGAUUCAAAAACGCGAUGACAAAGAUCAAGAAGAAGUUAAAGAACACCAGAGCGUUUUUCAAUGAUGAGAGGAGAGUGCUGAACGAGAGCAAGGAGUACAGGGACGGGAUGCCCACCUGGCUGCCCACUAUCAACUUUGUCGACAUCCACUUCCACAACUACAGGAAUCCGCGUCGGACAGGAGCCUCUCUUUCGGAAAGAAAAUUUAUCUAUCUGAUGCCGAAGCUGUACAAGUCGUUGGUGGAAUUCCAAGACAUAUUCAAACACCUCGCCAAAGUUGAAGUGAACUUCGCCGACGACCCGUUCUACAUGUACAAUAAAACCCGUCAGGAGCUGCUCGAAAAGACACUGCACAGGCUGUACAGCACCAUAGCUGAGAUAAAUGAGAACAUGAUAGCAGUAAACGUCACCGUGCCUCAUAUCAACCAAAACAAAAACAUCAACACUUUGGACCUCAAAGUGGACGCGCCACAGUGUCUCAAGAAUGAUUACAUAGCGUUUAGGGCAUACGGGAAUCUUCUCAACAACUGGUACAGUGAAUUCAGAUGUCCGUGGGGGAAGAAGGUGAUCCAUGACAACAUCAGAUGCAGAGCGUACGAGAAAAAACUCAAAGAGAAGAUGCAGGCAAGGCCAUAUAAGAAAAACGGCGCCAGUUGAUCGACCCGUCAGUCCGACAACUAAUGUUGUCAAAUUCGGUGUUGCCCCUUUGUACUUAUUUAUUGUUACUGUUAACUGUAUGCUCUCUACGCGUGAAGUGUUGUUUGAAGUGCUUGACGAAACAAUGUUUUGUUGAUGAAGUAUUGGGUACUUUCUCUGUGAUAUUUAGUAUUCUGUAGAUAGUGAUUCAUUAAUUUAUUGAAAAUUAGUUUUAAGAAUUUCUGUUCAGUUCCUCUGUACUUAACUAUUCUUUUGACUAUUUCAUCUACAUAGUAGCUAUUUUGUUUUUCUUAAUUUAUUAAUCGUGACUAUGACUAUCGUUAUUUAUUAAUUUAAUUAUAAUUUAAUUAUUUCCUUUCUUGACAGUAUUUAUUGGAAUCUGAUUAUUGUCUAUGCAAAGCAUCUUAACUUUAUUAACGACAAAUGUCUUUUAUAUCGUGUCGAGUAGUAUUAUUAGCAGGCACCGAGAAUGCCGUUUUAGCCAAGAAAGACUUUUAGCCCUAUGUUAAGUUGCUUAUUUAUAUGUAAUUAAUUUAUAAGAAUGUAAAAUUGCCGUUAGUUGAUAAUAAAUGAACUGAUACCAUGUGAAUAUUACCUACGUUAUUAAGAAAUGCAUAAAUUGUUUAAUUAGAUUUUUUGAUACAAAUAAAAUGUAAUUAUUGUGUAUUCAAAUCAAAAUAAAUUGAUACAAUCGUGUAAA